AUGAUGCUGUUUCCGUUUAUCCCUUAUGAAGUGGUUGCGUUUACAGCAGAGAAGUUAGCAUUUUCAGGGUUUCGAGGUUUACUAUUAUCGGAACUAUGGGCCGUGAUUCAACGGGAAUUCAAGCAAGAACACGAGCUAAACAAUUUCCAAAAGGAUAUAAUCUGGAAGUGGUUAUUUUUUGAGUGCAGAGAUGAGCAAAACCACGAAGAUGUCAAGUUCUAUGUCACGUACGAUAAAGAUCCAAUUACCAUUGAGUCAAACUAUCAAUCAUUCCUUGCCAAACAAGACAAUCCACAGGAAUUGAGAGUCCUCCCGACGGAAGAGACUCAGUGUUAUUAUCUAACAGGUAUUUCGAAUAAUAAGAAGUUUAUUCUUACACUUGGUGCGUUUCCCUAUCAGUUGUUGCAAGAGAUUGCUAGACAUGGGGAAAAAGGUACUUGGGCCAGUGAUUUACCGCUGGCUACGGGACAAGACAAGCGCUCGAUGACUGGACGGUUGAAUAAGUUGGAAGAAGCAGGAUUAAUAGUAAAGGAACACAGAUUUUACGAAGAGAAGAGGAUACAUAGUACUUGGGCUGCGCAUUACAAGUUUAGCAAUGCCUCAAAGGCUCGCAAAGGCGAUGAUGAUGAUAACGGACUUGACCAUACGCCGGUGAAGAUGCGAAAGUUUAUCAUGAAUGCAUUGAAGGAAGCCCAUAAUAAUAUACGAACAUUUAGGGAUUUGAAAGUGGAGCUCAAAAUGAAUCGAAAUUCGCAAGCUGCAAGGCUAUUUGGAUCAGUGAUUGAAAAUCUAUGUGAUAACGGGUAUAUUGAAAGAAUUGAUGUCCAAGACCAGGCUCAUCCAGCGAGGAAAUUAUACGCAUUGAGGUUUCUUAAAGACUUGCCAAGUCUGAGCACGGAAGGCGGGUAUGACGGCUGGGAUUUAGGGUUGAAGAUGGAGGCAGAGCCCAACAGCAAAUUUAAUGAUGACGAUGAAGGCAACGAGUACGUUAUAGCAACAUUCAAUGACAUUUACCCACUUACUGCGCAGGUAUAUCAAACAAUUAAAAGUUCUGGAAGUGAAGGCAUCAUUGCUAAGCAGAUUGUAACAUCUAUUCUGGGGGAUGUAAAGCAUCGACAAAUUACAAGACUUCUAGAAAACAACACCGACUAUCUAUUCAAAGACGGAGGACUAGAGCCACUUUUAAAUUACAUCCCUGAGCACGCUAAUACGGCGAUUGUAAAACAAAGUGAGUCUGAUGGAAGACUAAAAUAUUACAGAUACUACACAAUAGACAAUUUCAAAGCCAAGUUAACAAAGGCACACAAGAAGAAACGGCCAGGACGAAAAACGCUUAACAAAUCGCUUGUUGACUUGGAAAAACAAUUUUAUGUAAAGAUGGAAAAGACACCAGCUGGACCAUUGCUUGCUAUUCCAGAUUUCAUCAAGCCGGCGGGGGAUUCACUGAAGGAGCAUGAAUCAAAGAACCUGGGGCUAACGGAGAAUACAACUGUGGUUAAGAAAGAUGGUGAACGGUCUAAGAGGCGGAAUGAUAAAGCUGCUGCUAACUCGAAUGAAACCUGCCACAAGAAGCGAAGAUUACGUCAAAGGGAAACAAGUAAGCUGGAGAGAGGUGCUUCGAUAGAAUUGUGUGAUCAAAAUGACGAUGCUAUGGAUGUCGAUGAUGAUGAAGAUGAUUACAAACCGGAAGAGGAAACUAACUCCAAACUGGAUAGGAAGGAGUCCUCUGUGGUUAAAAUUGAACCCGGCACAGAACAGGAUACCAAACCGACCGCAAUAGACUCCUCUGAUUUGGUAUUAAGACACAAUGAAAGCCAAGCUCCCACCACCGAUCUCUCCAACCGCGUAUUUACCCCUCAAAUUAAGCAGAAACAGAGAAACACUAGACUCAGGAAGGAAGAAGAGAAAUCAAAGAUAGAUGACGCCGACGUAAAGGGGGCACUUCGACGCGAGCAAUUUGUUCAAUUGAUUACCGAAUUGGGAGGAGCAACCUUUACUAGUGCAAAACUCGGUAGGAUGCUUGAUCAGAGAAUACAAGUGGAGAAGCCAACCGAUAUUAAAACAAUUGCUCGUGAUAUAAACAAACUUGUACAUAGUGGUAUAAUAGAGGUGCAAGUGGUACCAGUGCACCAAAGUGGAAGGGAGAUCAAUCGAAGAUUGAUUAUUUUGAAUGACCCCAAGCAUCGCCCAACUGAUGAAUUCAUUGAACAAAUCAAGUCCAAGAGCAAAGAGCCGAUAAAGAAUACCGCAGAGAGAGGCGAGCAGAUGCCCCGCAGGCUCGUGGAGACAGAAUAUACACUCAUAAAUACCAGGGAAGCUUUAAAGAGAAGGACUACAAGGCUAAGCUCCUUGAAGAGCAAGGAUACUUCACAAAGGAGCCGUGAACGAGCCCGGGUUAAAGUCAAGCUGGAGUUUGACAGUGUUUUGGACUUUAGUAUUGAUCAAAACUCGCCUAAAGAUUUUGCAGGGACAUUUGAGGGCCAAUUGGGUACAUUUGAAUUAGGUCUGACAGGUGUUGCAAAGAGAGGUGAAGCCAAAAAGAGUAGUCGUACUAAAGGCAAGAGAAAAGUCAAAGCCGAACACAAGCGCAAGCAGCACAAAAUCAAAACUGAAUUCGACAUCAGCGAUACGACCGCACUUUUCAGAGCUAUCAGUAUAUGUAAGGCUUUCAACAAGUCAUUCAUCAAUUAUGACUUGGUUGCGUCUUUUUUCAAAGACUGUGAUGCAAAGUCGUUGAAAAGAACGUGGGUACAUGUUAGAAAACAAGUUGGUGGGCUUGAUGCCGUCAACAAAGGGGUGGAAGAGUUUGAGCGAAUCGUAAUGAAAGGUAUCGAGGAACUUUAUAUUACAGUUCAAGAUUUAGAGACAAUUGACCUUCCGUUUUACCUUGAUUUAUGGGCCACUUUUGAUACGUCCAAAAUUGAGAUCCUUGACAAGUUCCCACUAUAUUCUACUUUGGAAGAGAAUAUGGCUAAUUAUAGCAAAAAGCACACGGUUGAAAUUCAAAGCGAUUUAUUUGACCAAAUUGAUUCAGACUCAAUGAAGCAAAAGGAGGAAGCUCUUGCAAAUGCGCCCUUUUUCUACUCUAUACCACAGCAGUUGACAUUGGAUCCAUUAGAACCGAUCAAAACUACAAUAAAAGCGGUGUACAGGCACCCCAAUAGGAAACAAGCUAAACAAGUCAAAGAAGUUUUAUCACAAUUUGACCCCGCAGAUGUCGAAGCAGCUUUCAAAGAUUUGGAAAACGAGAAGGAAAUUGUUCGUGUUGAUGAUGAUACAAAUCAAUAUAAAUUGACCGAAAAGGUAUAUUCUGGUCUUACAUCUAAACUUGGGGUUACUUUUUUCAAACAUGCCGAUUUGUUUAGGGAAAAUAUAAUUGAGGUGAUGGAAUCGCAACGAGGUUUACUUUUGUCUCAGGGUAUUGAAGAUGGUAGUGUUGCCGAGAUAUUGAACUUGGUAUCUACAAACGGAGUUUCGUUGAGUCAUAUCGACAGCGAUUACACCUUUGAAGGGUACGAAUCUAGAUCUAUGGAUAAGGAUGCCUUGAAUUGCGACUUGAUUGUGUUUAAAGGCGCCACCAAUGACCCCAUAAAUCAAAGUGUCUCAAAGGUGCGAGUGCCAGUGGGCAAGCCCUGUUCUUACGUUUGGGUCGAUAUUGAUGGUCAAAUUGAUGGCAAAUUGUGGACUCAUAUAAUUGUUUCCUUGUUGUACAUUAUCCAUUAUAGACCUGGUAUUCCAGCUACUUGGUUGUAUGAUAAGGUGCAUAAUUUGUUGAGUGUUGACGAAUUUGAAGUUGUUACAAAGUGGCUUGCUGAUUCCAGAUGCAUUGAAGUGGGUGAAUAUUCUGGAAUUCUCUCUACUCCCAAUUGGCUGUCCCUAUUCGGUUACGAUUAA